CGCCGCGGGGCGCAGCCGGGCCGCUCGGGUGUAGCCCCCGGGGCCGGUCGGAGGAGCGGCGGGAGCGGGGCGCGGGGGGAGCCCGGUGCGGGCGGGAGGCCCCGCCGCCGCCGCUCCCCGGCCGCCGAGCGGGGAUGACCCUGUCGGGCGGCGGCAGCGCCAGCGACAUGUCCGGCCCCGCCGUCCCGGCGGCCGAGGAUGUGGAUAUCGACGUGGUGGGCGAGGGCGACGACGGGCCGGGCAAGGACAGCGAGGGCGAGGCCGGCAGCCCCGCCGCCCUGCCGCGGCUGCCGCUGGACGAGGCGGCGGAGCUGGCGCUGCCCGCGGAGGCGGGCGCGGAGAGCGGCAGCAGCGGCAGCGGGAGCCCGGCCGGGACGGCCCCCGGCAGCGCGGCCGAGGGCGGCAAGGGGGGCGGCGAGGAGGGGGCGAGCGGCGGCGGCGGCGGCGGCGGGGCAGCGGGGCAGAGCAAGCCCAAGAGCAGCCUGGUGAAGCCGCCCUACUCGUACAUCGCCCUCAUCACCAUGGCCAUCCUGCAGAGCCCGCAGAAGAAGCUGACGCUCAGCGGCAUCUGCGAGUUCAUCAGCAACCGCUUUCCCUACUACCGGGAGAAGUUCCCCGCCUGGCAGAACAGCAUCCGCCACAACCUCUCCCUCAACGACUGCUUCGUCAAGAUCCCCCGGGAGCCCGGCAACCCGGGCAAGGGCAACUACUGGACGCUGGACCCGCAGUCCGAGGACAUGUUCGACAACGGCAGCUUCCUCCGCCGCAGGAAGCGCUUCAAGCGGCACCAGCAGGAGCACCUGCGGGACCAGACGGCGCUCAUGAUGCAGGGCUUCGGCGCCUACGGCCUGGCCGGACCCUACGGCCGCCCCUACGGGCUGCACCCCGGCGCCUACACGCACCCCGCGGCGGCCGCGGCCGCGCUGCAGUACCCCUACAUCCCCCCGGUGGGGCCCAUGCUGCCGCCCGCCGUGCCGCUGCUGCCGUCCAGCGAGCUCAGCCGCAAAGCCUUCAACUCCCAGCUCAGCCCCAGCCUGCAGCUGCAGCUCAACAGCCUGGGCGCCGCCGGCUCCAUCGUCAAAUCGGAGCCCAGCAGCCGCCCGUCCUUCAGCAUCGAGAACAUCAUCGGCGUCCCCGCCGCCAGCUCGGCCGCCAGCGCACAGACUUUCCUGCGGCCGCCGGUCACCGUGCAGUCGGCUCUCAUGGCCCACCAGCCGCUGGCGCUGGCCAGGACCACCGCGGCCAUCGCCCCCAUCCUCAGCGUGCCUACCAACAUCAUCGCGGGGCAGUUCCUGCAGCCCGCAGCCCCCGCCGCAGCCGUGCAGGCCAAGUGGCCGGCGCAGUAGCCCCGGGCUGUAGCUCCGGGCAGCGCUCCCCGGGGAGCUCCGGCCGCCCCCUCGGGGCUCCGCGGCCGCCCGGGCUCGGAGCAGCAGCGGGCACCGGCCGCAGCCGCUUGUACAUAUUUGUAUCAAAAAUCACUGACGUUGCUUUCGGGGUUUUUAUUUUUCUAAAGAGGCGAAAAUGACGGUCGCGAUUAGGAGCUGCGAACUUUCACUUUUUUUGAAGGUUCCGGCGCUCCGAGCGGUUUUAUUCGAAAUAAACGAACACACGAGAAAAAAAAUAAUUGUAUAAAAAAAAAGAAAUAAGCGGGGGAAAUUUUAAAUAUUAAACGAACGAACAGGGAAAAAAAAAAGAAUUUUGGAGAGAAAAAAAAAGGAGGAAAAACGCUGUCAUUCUAUUAUAGAAGUCUGUUUAUAUAUGAAUGAAUAUAUGUAUUCUAAAUGUUAUCCCUUCGUGUUGUACACAACUUUGUAAAUAAAUUUUUAAAAUGCUCUGCCCGUCUCUGUGUGAG